AUGAUUUUUACAGAUGAAACUGUCUUUCCUAUAAGUUAUGCAAUGAAAAAUAUUAAAAAGCUUUUCCGUGUAUUCUCAGAAAAUCCUACGCUAAUAGAAAUAGGAUUAUCAAAAGAUCCUGUGCAUGGGAGGCUGUACAACUGUAAAUACUUAGAGAAGUAUGCAAAUUUUGUUUACUGGACAAGUGCUUAUACAUCAAUUAAAGAAAUUAUGAACAAAUUUAAAUACAUUACGUUAUCGCUGCAAAAAAUGCGUUCUCCAGAUGUUCUAUUUUUUCAAACUGUACAUCAUAGAAUGUCUUACCACCAGAAUCCUGAAGCUAUUUUAACCACCAAUAUAAAUGGUUAUCGUAAUCAUAGCUUUAAUAAUCUAUAUUACAGAGGUGAUGUGUUUUGGACAUAUUCUAAAUUGAAAGAUAGUUAUGUAACAAUAAAGUUUAGCUAUAUUACUGUCGUUAGAAGAAUAAAAAUUAAAACUUGUUUAACAAAAAUGAUGAAUGACUGUUUGACAAACGCAGUUUUAGAACGAAGCAACAAUAUUGAAUGUAAUUUUUUUGAGUUUGUUUCAGAUUUUCGAAAUAGCGAAGUAGAUAUUAUUAUAUUUUCCGAUCAAAGAACUGCAUGUCUACGAGUAAAAAUAUAUAGCUCAAAUUCAGAGUGGAUUGCUAUACGAGAGUUGAAAAUAUAUACUGAUGAACACAUGGUUUGA